UUGAAAUGGAAGAGGGAGGGACGGGAGUGUGAUAGUCAAACUUAGUGAUGAAUGCACCUGCUGGAGAUGGUUUAGGUGGGUUGCUUGGGAAGACAGGGGUUGCUGCUGUUGGUUUUGAAGGAUUACCUUAGCUUGUGAUUUAUUUUCGAUAUUGCAUUGGGUCAUGGUGUAUGUAUACUGACCAAAAUCUAGUGUUUUGUCUCUCGGAGAUCUAAGAUAGAAUCCACCAUUUUCAAUACCGAGUAGUGAAUCCACAUCUUCAAUUCUUUACGUAUUCUUUCAAGACUGAUCGGAUGCACAGACAGACAGAACCCGGCAGCAUGGUCCAGGCGGUAACUUCAGCGUGCGGGGGGGUCCAGCCAAAAGGCGUUACAGCGUUACAACGACUCACUCUAGACGUUCUAAAGCUCCCCACCUCCACUGCGAUAGCGUCACCUCGGUCCCUCUCCACCAAUGCCCGUGGUUAUUCCUCAACGCUCGGGGCGUUUGACAGCUCGAUCUCAGUGGCGUCUUAGUUGACUUCGGAUUAGCAUUUGCUGUAAGUGGUCAGAAGAUGAUUUGAUCUGAUACCAAGGAUCCCUUUGCCCAUUGGGGGUCGUUCAACGCCAAGCAACUGUCACCGACUGUAUUACUCCCUCUGAGUCUAGAAUGAUAAGCCCACCUCCAGCCCCUUCUCACACGACCUUGACGUUAUCUACUACCUUGUUUCUCUUUCUGUUGCUUUGAUUAAUUGAUUAUUGCGCACAUGCAGUCCAUUAAACUUGACUGCCCCCAUUUUCAGCUCUAAACUUAAACAUCGCAUGUCGACUUAUAUAUUAACACAUAUCCACUCUUUGCGACAGCUACAUCACUGCUCUUUCUAACUCCACUACCUUCUUGGUGGCGAUAUGCCGACCGUCUCACUACGACUAUCGAGACGAUCACGAUAUCAGCAAACCAAUACAUUGCAUCAAAUACAACCACCUUUUCUCACACCUUGAGUCGUUCGCUAAAGCACUGUGACCCUGACGAACCCCACGAACCAGCGUCCUCCGCCCACAAACCGCUUACUCACAACAUAUACCUCCCACUCACCUCCCACAUCCGCAUACGCCUACGCUUACAACUCCGACAACAAUCCCCAGCGGAGGGCCAGCUCCAGUCAUCCCACCGUUCGGGAUCGACCAAGCGUGAGCUCGGCCCGCGCCCAGCGCGCAGGCUCAAGCGCAAGAAUGGCGCCUCACGAUGUCGAGCGCGGGAGCAUUAGCAAGAUGAAGGAGGAGUCGCUCGCCCCCGGGAGUUCUUUUAGUAUGCGCGAGCCCGAGUACGGUGAUAUUUCCCCGCCUUCGUACUGGGACCGGUUUGUCGAUGGGUUUAGACGUGAUCAGAGAUCGAGUUUGUUUACGAAUGAUCCGUUGGGGCAGCACGAGGGAUCCGGGAGGGUGCAUGAUGGAGCGCAUUACUACGAUAUCCAGAGUGCGAUGUUGGAGACGGCGAAUUCGGGCCUUGCGAGAGAGUUGAAAGGAAGACAUUUGCAAAUGAUUGCAAUUGGAGGCUCCAUCGGUACUGGGCUUUUUGUCGCAUCGGGAAGAGCUUUGGCAGAUGGAGGUCCAGCAUCGAUUUUGCUGGCUUUUACAAUCGUGGGUGCCAUGCUCUUUUGUACGUGUCAAGCGCUGGGUGAGCUUGCAGUCAUUUUCCCAAUUGCUGGAUCGUUCUCAUCAUGGGCGACUCGGUUCAUCGAUCCGUCUUGGGGAUUCGCAAUGGGGUGGAACUACGCGAUGCAAUGGCUCAUCGUGUUACCGCUCGAGAUCAUCGCCGCAUCCCUAACCCUCUCUUACUGGGACGAGAGUCUCACACGCGCCAUUUUCGUUUCUGUAUUCCUAGUCGUCAUCAUAGUCAUCAAUAUGUUUGGCGUCAAAGGCUACGGUGAAGCCGAAUUCAUCUUUUCCAUUAUCAAGGUCAUUGCUGUUAUAGGCUUCAUCCUUCUCGGCAUCGUUCUCAACUGUGGCGGAACGCCAGAUAGCGGGUACAUCGGCGGCCGCUAUUGGCAAAACCCUGGUGCUUUUAACAACGGCUUUAAAGGAAUGUGCAAUGUGUUUGUUACAGCUGCUUUCUCCUUUGCUGGCACUGAGCUUAUUGGCCUUGCUGCCGCCGAAACAGCUAAUCCGCGAAAAUCGCUGCCAACGGCUUUGAAGCAGGUGUUUUGGAGGAUCACGCUUUUCUAUAUCGUUGCUUUGACCUUAGUAGGACUGCUUGUUCCACACAAUGACCCUCGACUCGUGGGCGGUAACAGCGAUGCGGAUGCAUCAGCCUCACCUUUUGUCAUAGCCAUUGAAGAAGCCGGCAUUCAGGUCCUACCGUCUGUCAUGAACGCGGUCAUCCUUACUGCCGUCCUGUCCGUCGGUAACUCUGCCGUCUUCGGUUCCUCGCGUACCCUUGCCGCUCUUGCAAACCUUCGGCAGGCCCCCAAGAUCGUCGGUUACGUCGACCGCAAAGGCCGCCCACUCGUCGCUAUUGCGAUCGCAAGCGCGUUCGGCCUCAUCGCUUUCCUCGCAGAUCUGCCCGAACAAGGAGCUGUCCUUGACUGGCUCAUGGCCAUCUCAGGCUUAUCAACCAUCUUUACAUGGGGCUCUAUUUGCGUGUGUCAUAUCCGUUUCCGCCGUGCGUGGGCUGCCCGAGGCCGCUCUGUCUCCGAGUUACCCUUCCAAUCCCAGGUUGGCGUUGUGGGUUCUUGGGUUGGUAUCACACUGAACGUUCUUGUCAUCAUCGCGCAAUUCUGGGUCGGCGCCUUUCCCAUCGGCUGGCAAGAAUUAACAAGCGCCCAGGUCGCGCAGAAUUUCUUCCAUAAAUGGGUUGGCGCACCCUGCGUUUUGGCUUUUUAUAUAUUCCACAAGCUUUAUUUCCGAACUACGUUUGUGAGAAUACGAGAUAUGGACGUCGACACUGGACGUCGGGACUUUAACGUCCCUAUCCUUGUCGCUCAAGAACGAGAGGAACGAGAAGGUUGGCCCCGAUGGAAGAGAUAUUAUAAGUUCAUGUGCUGAGCCAUGAGAAUUAUGACGAAAUAAUAAGAGGCGUUGGAUAUGUAUCUCAUUGUGGAUUUGGUUAUUACCCAGGUUAGCAUGGAGUUGAAUUGGAUGCGCUCAGAGCGCGGGAUUCGUUACUUAUGAUCACCCACUAUACUACCUUUUGUAUCUGCACUUGUAAUAACGCCAUGUUUAUGCACACCGUUUCGAGUCAAUUCCAUACAGCUGCGGAGGUGUGCUGAGCGUCAUACAAUACCAUGCCACGGCAUCAAUUAAUAUUAAUCACUGAAAGGCACUCUUGUGCCCCUUGUGAUGAAGUUUCAGAAAAUGUGAUAGCAAUGGUAUCUAAUUCGAGUCCCCCAUAUGUUAAUACGUCGUCUUGAGAACAUGCCCGCAUAUCAACUAGGCUGAUCGUCCGCUUCCUGCCAAAUAAUUUGUCUUCAGCAGCCUACUACGUCAGCGAGGCCGUGAAAUAAGCAAAUAAGAAAGAGCAAAAUAAAGGCAAAAAAAGAUAAAAGACGAAGACCCGAGGGCUAUGAUGCUUUUUCAAGCGGGGUUUCCAAGGCGGAAAGUAAUGCUGAUGAACCCUCAUGAAUCAUAACUCGUGCGUUUGCAUGCAGAUAUGCACACAACAUAACUGAAGACUGUAGCAAUAUAACAGGGCGCACAUUGAGAUCUAUUUAAGUCCGAGUGUUCUCCCUAGCAAAGCACUCUUCUCUAAAAGUCCCAGAAGUCCUUCUUGGAGGAUGCGUUCUGCCGUGUGGGAAGAGGCUGCUCGUCCAGUUCACCGUAGAGCCAGUCUCGGUUGGUACCCUUUCGACCACCCAUGCCAUCGCCUGCAAUGUUGAUCUUGUGCUUAUCUGUGUUCUCUCUGACUUCGUUGGUGGGCGCGGUGCUAGAUCCUGGUGUUCGGGUAGGGAUCGAUUUGGUGGCUGUUGCUUGACCGCCAGAUGUCUCGCUCGUCUCAUUGUAGAGCCAGUCACGCUCGGUACCCUUCUUACCGCCCAUACCAUCACCUGCAAUGUUGAUCUUGUGCUUGUCGGUAUUCUCCUUGAUUUCACUAGCAGGUGCGGCGUUGGAUCCUGGUGUUCUUGUAGGGAUCGGUUUGGUGGUCUUUGAGUCACCAGCUGUCUCGCUAGUCUCAUUGUAGAGCCAGUCUCGCUCAGUACCCUUCUUGCCGCCCAUGCCGUCGCCUGCAAUGUGAAUCUUGGCACUCUUGGUCAAGGGAACGCCCGAAGCAACAACAUUGGGUUGCUUGCGGGUGGGAAUCGACUGAGGGACAUCUUGAGUCUCUCCAUAGAGCCAGUCCCGGUUGGUGCCCUUUCGCCCUCCCAUACCAUCACCGGCGAUGUUGAUCUUGUGGCUAUCGGUAUUCUCGAUUGGUCGGUUUUCCUUCUGAGCGGCAGGAGACCUGUCGUAUGUGUCCCAGUUGUGUUGCAUCAUUUGGACAGCUUUCUGGUGGCCUUCAGGGACACGAUCUUGGGGGUGGGCUGGUGACUCGUCACUGAUAUCGAAGUGGUGGUCAAAAUCUUUUCCACGGUCUUUCACGUUGGUGAUGUUGCCUAAAGCGCGUUCGUUUUGUCCUACGUCCUCCUUGUCAAACAAUUGAUUCUUAUAAAGCCCUAGGCCCUCGUUAUGAGCAUAGCCCGGGGGAUGGGAACCGGGGCGCGGUUGCUGGGGCACUCUCUCACCGUCGUCAAGUAGCUCGAAGUGUGCGUCGGCAUCGCGUCUAGGCUUGGCAGCCGGGUGGCCUGGUGUCUCAUCCACAACAUCCUUGUCAGUGUCCCAAUGGCGAACAUCCUGGGUGCGCAUAGUUCUGGAGGGCUUCACUUUCUGUGGCGUCACGAAAUCCUGGAAAGACCAUUGGCUGUCGUGCUUAGACUUUGGUCUUUCAUCAAAGGAUUGGCCCGGCUGGGGGGCGUCCUGGGGGUCACUACCAUCGGCAAAGUCGAAAUGAGAGAACUUCUUUGGGUUAGGGCGGAUAUAUCGCUUGUUCUUGGGCUGAGGCUGCUCCUCCGGUUGCUCGACAUGCUCUUGACCAUCGAAAAUUCGCGAAGGCUGGAAGUUCUUACCCUGGCCACGCUUCGAAGGCGACAUAUUUCGACGGCCAGAGCUGGGUGAAGUGGGUUCGUCACCCAAAAUCUCGGUGAAAGACCGCUGUCGAGGGCGGCUAGUACCAGCGUAAGGAGAUACAACACUGGCGGGCUCCGCUUCAAUUUCAUCUCGAGGACCAAACAGCCUCAAGGAUGCAUGGGGGUCGCGGAGGGCAUUAGUGGAAUUAGUUCGGUUUCGCGCAACGGUCUCGUUGUGGCUGGGGGCGACAGGGGCACCAGUGCCAGCCGUUCUGAUGCAAGACUGGAUAAAUGCGAUCUGCUCUCGGCUAUCUCUAAUGGGCCAGUUGCGGCCAGACUUUCCAAUCACUUCAACUUGCUUGAGAAGCGAGCCCUGGUCCCAUUGGAGUCGAAUCUGAAGAAUUU